AUGAUCUAUCACUAUCCAACUCAGAAGCUAAAUGUAGGACACGCGCCAGAUGCACAUGAAAUAGCUCUCACAUUAGCAUACAUAAGUGAUAUUGAUAUUAUCCUAAUCCAAGAACCAUAUACUUUCAAAGAUCUUAGUCGACAGAUCACUAAAAAACACCUAUCAUAUGAAUGCUUCUCCCCAACUGACAGUUGGGCGAUAAGUGGCCGACCACGAGUCCUCACCUAUGUUCGAAAGAAGAAAGGCAUUCGGACCUUCCAGCUCCGCCCCUUCACAACUGACACUAAAGAGGCCUCGGAUCUCCUGUUCCUUCAGAUUUUCUCAUCCACAGGAAAGUCUGCUCUGAUAGUCAACAUCUAUAACACCCCAGCAGGCUCCAUUAGAGCAGGUGAAGCCGCGAAAGCUCUCACAACCCUGCCAGAGGCGUAUCUCCCUCAAGCAACAAUACUUGCAGGCAAUCUCAACCUACUACACAAUAGAUGGCAGCUCUCACUAUAUUGCAGCCCCACACCUUUCGGUCUAGUACUCAUUUCUGACAUAGACUGUCCUACACAUGAAAGGGGUAACGUGUUAGACCUCAGUUUCGCCUCAAGCCCUCUGGCACUCGCAGGAGCCAAAGCUAGCAUAGCGAGCCACUUAGAUGCAACCUCAGAUCAUCAACCACUAAUUACCACUGUUCUAUGGGAUCAGAGAUACAAGGAAACAGCUCAGAAACUGAGAUUUAACACACUAGAUCACACUUCCUUCCUUUCGCUCCUCGCCUCUAAUCUUGCUGGCACCGAGAGCUCAGCCGCGACAGAAGAAGAUCUUGAUGCUUUCGCCGAAAAACUGACAUCUGCAAUUCAAGGAGCAUAUAGAGGCUCUGCUAAGAGGACCAUGACACAAGGCAUAGGAUAA